AUGAGUGACGCCGCACCUACUGGCGCUGAGCCGCCUUCCAAGAACGCGCUGAAAAAGGCGCAGAAAGAGAAAGAGAAGGCAGAGAAGAAAGCUGCAGCCAAAGCCCGCGAACUUGCUGAGCGUACCAAGAAGGAGGCCGACGAUGCCGCCGACGUCUCUGUAGGCGCAUACGGCGAACUUCCCCUCAUUGGCUCCAAAGAACACAAGCCUACGGGAACUCCACGCACCGAGCUUGCCGAUGUCGCCAGCAAUGAGGACAAGGAGAUCACAUUCAGAUGCUGGGUGGAGAAUGCAAGGGUUCAGUCUGCGAAACUCGCUUUCCUGAACUUGCGACAGAACCUCAACACUGUGCAGGCUGUUGUUGCGGCCAGCGAGAAGCUGAGCAAGCAGAUGGUCAAGUUCUGUGGCAACGUCAGCACCGAGAGCACACUUGUGGUCACGGGCAUAGUCAAGCGUGUGAAAGAGCCUAUCAAGAGUGCCAGCAUCACCGAUUUCGAGAUUCACAUCCAGAAGCUGUUCGUCGAGGCUGCUGCGGAGAUUCCGCUACCACUUCAGGUGUCCGAUGCUGAACGGCCUAUGCCAACCGAGGCUGCCGCCGAAGAAGACCAGAAAGAGGAGGAGGGUGGCGAGCGACCACUCGUCAGUCUGAACACGAGGCUAAACAACAGGACGAUUGAUCUUCGGGCGAAGAUCAACCAGUCCAUCUUCGUGAUCAAGAGCGGUGUAUGCGCCUUGUUCCAGGAAUUCCUCUCAAAGAAGGGUUUCGUCUUGGUGCAUACCCCAAAGAUACUCGGCGCUGCCUCUGAAGGAGGAGCCAACGUCUUCGAGUUGAAGUACUUUGGUCGUCCCGCGUAUCUUGCUCAGUCACCACAGUUUUACAAGCAGAUGCUGAUCGCCUCCCGCUUCCAGAAAGUCAUGGAGAUUGGCCCUGUGUUCCGCGCCGAGAACUCUAACACGGCUCGUCACUUGACCGAAUUCACAGGACUGGAUCUUGAGAUGGAAUUCCAAGAAAACUACCACGAAGUCAUGGGCGUAUUGGAGGACCUUAUGCUCUUCAUUUUCAACGAGCUCAACUCACGAUACCGGAAGGAGACUGAACUCGUAAGAGGAGUGUACCAUGUCGAUGAGUUCAAGCUUCCCCAGUCUGGCAACGUGCCUAGAAUUCCUUUCCAAGAAGGUAUCAAGAUGCUUCGCGAAGCCGGAGAAGAGCUGGGCGACUACGACGAUCUGACAACCCCACAAGAAAAGCUGCUUGGCAAACUCGUCCUGGAAAAGUACAACACCGACUUCUACGUCCUGGACCAAUUCCCUCUCGCUAUCCGUCCCGCCUACACUAUGCCAUCACCUGCCGAUCCCGCUCUCUCAAACUCGUACGAUAUGUUCAUGAGGGGUCAGGAAAUUCUCUCUGGCGCGCAGCGUAUCCACAGCUCGGAGCUCCUCGCAGAGCAGAUGCGCAAGCAUGAUCCCCCAAUUGAUCCAGCCGGUGCUGGAACCAAGGACUACGUAGACUGCUUCAAGUAUGGCUGCCCACCGCACGCUGGAGGAGGUUUCGGUCUAGAGAGGAUUGUUCAAUUCUGGCUUGGACUGCCCAACAUUCGGAUGUGCAGUCUCUUCCCCAGAGACCCGCAGCGAGUUGUACCUUAA